AUGGAAUCCAACAAUGCGGACCAGCCGGGCUCCAAUCGCCGAUCCAGCCACAAACGCAACCUCUCGGCCUCUCUACUCGCGCGACUCUCCUUCUUCACCCCAGCGGGAGACCUCCAGCCCGAUAUGCCAUCAACAGACAGUGCAAGCAAUGCAAGUACAAGCAGCCGCGCAAUGUCCGCGGCGCUCGCGCAACGCCGCACGCGCCGCCGCCGUGGCUCCUUGCGGAAAACAGCAUUACUAGGACCAAGACUAGAAUCACGAGAAAAAAGAACCUCCUCUUCCAAAAUCGCCUCCGAUGCCUUUCGCACAGAGACAUCCACCUCUACAGCCUCCACGGCCUCCAUACCACACCUCCCCAUCUCCCCCGAUCCCCUCCAACCUCGCUCCUCCCUGAACGGCCAAAUCUCCACCGAUCAUGGCCACGGCCCUACAUCCUAUCAACGCGCCAGCUUCGACGAAGACGCAGAUGCAGACGGUGACAACUCCCAGCCGAGCUUCUUCCGCAAUAACAACACGCUGAAAGCCGUCCGGCCACCGAUAACACGCCGCCGGCAGAGCGUCGCGCGGCCGACCCUACACGGCGAGGAAACGGGCACAGACGACGAAGACCUGGUCUCCUUCCCCCGGCUGAUAUCAAAUUCUAUCACUCCGCCUGGAACGGGGAGUAAUGGGACCGGUACAAGUCCGAAAAGCGCAGUUGCUGGGUUACACAUCUCGACGAAAACGCAAUCGUCUUCCCCGGAUGCAUUUUACCCUCUUGAGCCUCAGCCUGAGACGGCCUACAGGACUGUCCAUCGACAUAAGUCCUCGCCUCUGGCUUCGAAUCCUGUUGAAAUUAAGAGUAACGGGAAUGGUGCGGAUGUGGACUGGGACUAUUCUGAGACCGAAUGGUGGGGGUGGAUUAUAUUGAUUGUGACAUGGCUGGUGUUUGUUGUUGGGAUUGGGAGUUGCUUUGAGGUUUGGAGUUGGGCUUGGGAUGUUGGUGAGACGCCUUAUGCGCCGCCGGAGUUGGAGGAUGACCCUACUUUGCCUAUUGUUGGGUAUUAUCCUGCUCUCAUCAUACUCACUGCUGUUAUGUCUUGGGUUUGGGUGGUUGUUGCUUGGGUUGGGAUGAAGUAUUUCAAGCAUGCUAAUAUUUCUGGAGAUGAUAUUUGA